AUGGUGGCCGCGCACCCCGCAGACGGACUCAGCGGACAAUUGUGUCGGAGAAAGGUUAAAUGUGACAAGAAGAAGCCUUGCGACGGCUGCUCCAAGGCCGGCGUGGAAUGCGUCUAUCCUAUGGGCCGCGCAAGUCGACGACAAGGCACUCCCGAUCCUGAGCUGACCAACAGAUUGAAAAGGCUUGAAGACGUGGUCAGGAGGCUUGGGUCAUUUAUCGGAGAAGAAGGCAUACAACAGGCCCUCCAAACCGCCCCUCCGCAGUCGCCCCACGGACCCCAGCAAUCCGCUUCCGCUUCGGAUAAUAAUCCCUCUGCCACUCCGCCGCCUAUGUCUAUGGAACAGGAUCGAUAUGAGAAGCCUCAAAAGCUCGGCGGCAAACACGAUACAGCUGAAGACCCAGGGUACGAUGCUGAUUUUGAAUCUCUCGAGUCUCAUGUCUUGGCCCACAACUUCGAUUCCAUCUUCGGGAACAGCACCGCGCAACCUGGGGAUAUUUGCACGUUGCACCCCACCUCUGGAGCAUAUCGUUGGAAGAUGUGGUCUUUAUACAAGCAAAAUGUUCACCCGGUCGUCAGUUUGUUUCAUCUCCCCUCCUUGGAGCAAUGGUUCCACGAAUCAACCGAAGUGGCAUUUGGCAUACCACGAAACAUGGAACUCGCCAUGUUCUGCAUAUACUACGGAGCUGUUACCAGUAUAGACGACGAGGACUGUCAAUCUUUGUUCGAUAUGGAACGCAGCCAUCUCCUCGCAAGGUAUAGGCUCGGUGUGGAGAAGUGUUUGGUCAGGGCUGGCUUCAUGGAUACAGAUGAUCGACUAGUCCUGGAGGCUCUCUGCGCUUUCCUGAUUAUCCUCCGCCGUCAUGAUGCGAGGUUAUCUUGGAAAUUAUCCGGACUCGCUAUCAGGCUGUCCCAGUCUGUAGGGAUCCAUCGUGAUGGCUACACACUCCAUCUUCCCUUUUUCGAGGCCGAGAUGCGGCGGAGGCUCGCAUGGCAACUGUGCAACAUUGAUGCACCGGCUCAGGAAGAUUACGCUUGUGAUCCAUCCAUGCUCGAGAUGAGCAGCUUCGAUGCCGGCAUGCCCAUCAACGUCUCUGCAAUGUAUGUGCGGUGCAUGCAUCUUGAACUGAAGCUCAAUGUGUUCAAGCCAUUGCAGAACCCAGCGAGAUUCAAUACCGCAAGGCGAAACGAGCUUUUUCUUUGCUCUCUCGAAUGCAUCGAAGCAUCGUACCGACUUCAACAUGACCGUCGCAGUGAAAAGUGGGCAUGGUUUUUCAAGUCUUACAACCAGUGGCAUGCCCUCGCCUUUGUACUUCACGAACUACGCGAACGGAGGGCCGGCAGCAGUGCCGGUAAUGCUUGGCGCGCGGUAGAGCGGGUCAUGGCAUCUAGAUGGGAAACGCCGUGCGAGAAUUACCGAGGUGGGCAUCAGUGGAACACUAUCCUGCGCAUGUGGGAGGCUGCCAGGGCGGAGAAUCGCAAGGUCAUGCGGUCUCCUCACCAAGACAUCGAGACUUCUAUAGGUGGCCUACGCCCUUCAUCAGCGGCACUGACUGAGGCCAGUAUGAGCCGAACACCUCUCAAGGCUCCUGCAUUUACGACGGCAUCUUCCGACCCAGCAAAUGCAAUGUCCCUAUCAGGUGGCACAAGAUGCAGUGGCGUCGACUUUCAAGAGUAUGCUCCUUCUGAAGAGAUGCCAUCAUUCCCGAAACAGGCCAGUUUCUCAAUGAUUGAUAUAGAAGAGUCCCCUGAAGACAGAUAUAGCACCGUGUUUAGUGAUAAAACUCUGGUAAUACCGGGAGUAGACGACUGGACGGAAGGUUUUGAAAUAGACUUAGAGCUAUAA